UCCAUACCAGUUGGUGGCGGUAAUGCACCUUUCACUUGUUUGCCAACCGCCAAUAUAACUGUAAGAAAGAAAGAAAGAAAGAAAGAAAGUUGUUGGGAUUUCCCGAUCAGUCUUGACGGUGCGAACACCAAAUGAUUUUUUCUAACGCAACGGGAUGAAAAUCUAACUUCUACCGUAUGCAUCAUGAUCAUAGUGGACAUGGAGAAUCUGAAAAACAAAGAGGGGGCUGAAGAAAAAAGACCAACCACAGCCAAGGAGGAUGUUUCUUCAAGAGGACCAAGCGGCAUGGAAGCGCUUACAACUCAGAUCAAAGAGCAAGAUGAUUACAAGGAUGGGAAACAACUGGAAAGCUUGUUGGAGGAUGUGGGCUUGGAGCAGUACUACGGAGAGAAGCUAUCACUCAGCCAAGUCCGUGAGAUUAAUAAGAAGACCAUUACUGUUGGACCUUCCAAAUGUAAAGCUGAUGUUCCAUGGCAUGUUCUUAAGAAACUGCUGAUGUUUGAUGCUACGGCGAGGAAUACUGAUGAUGACGGGAGCAAAGACGCUAAUCCUAGUUUUGGACUUGAAGUUCCAAAGUGUGAUGAUAAAUCAGCAAGUACAGACUUAGAUUUUGAUGAUCUGUUUGAGAGUCCAAACACAGAUGACAUGCUAAACCCACUCGACAUAAUCACUGCUCUCUUUCUGUGUUCUGAUGGUCUUGUGCAGCAGGAAAUGGCACUAAAAAUGUCCAUGUGUCAGUUCUCUGUUCCUCUGCUGCUUCCAAAUUGUGACACAAAACAGUGCACACUCAUGCUGUGGGCCAUGAGAGACAUUGUUAAAAAGUACAGACCUCAGUCUCUGUCAGAGUCCAUGGGCUUCAUUGAAGACAGAAUUGUUCUCUCUGAACUUCCAAUGAUCUCUUUUGUCAGACUGGGUGAGUGCUCCUUAUCCAAGUCAGAGAUUCUCAAUAAGCUUCUGAGCAAUUCUCAGCAGUACCAUGACACCUUUGUUCACCACAACAUGGAAUGUGGCAACAGUCCAAGAAGAAUAUCCAACGGACUGACUGAAAUUACUUGGUAUCUUCCUUGUGGAAACACAAACAUUGAUAUUUUCAGUCAACCAGUGGCUGUAGCAAACCUUCGUGGGGACAUUGCAAGCUUUCAAACACAAUACUCCUUUCUGUGUCAGACAUCUGCAGCAGUUUUUGUGUUCUUUGACCAUUUGGACGCUGAGUGCAGUCUACUUACCAACCAACACUGCAAAGCGCAGAUUUACUUGGUAGGUAACUGUGAUAGAAAAAGCAGCGAAGAUGCACUGAAAAAAGUAGCUACUGAAAUGGGUUUGACUAACAACAACAUCAUUAUUAAAACAAAACACAAAAAUGAUGCAAACUUUAUAAACAAAGUGAGAAAGAAAAUCCGAAAAGUAGUUGAGAACUCAAAGGUGCAGAUGACAAUAGAGCAGAUGGCAGACAUUUCCCGUGAACUGGGAAUCCUGGUUGAUGAAGACUCUCCAGAGUGUCAGACUGCAAAGACAAACGCAGAGGCCAUCACUGCAGAAAUUCAAGACAUCCUUAAGUACCAAGAAGAUCAGCUUCUCUGGCAUGACCAAAUGUGGAAAGAACUGACCUGCUUAAAAAAUGAAGAAUUUCAACUUCAAAAUGUUGCUCCUAAAGAGAUAGAAGAUUACAGAACUGAACUUCAGCUAAAGGAACAAGGAAUACAGAAAAGGCAGAACUCUUAUGACAUGUCGACAGCUAUGACAUGCUUCAUUAAUGCAAUAUCAAGGCCAGGAACAGAGAGGUGUUAUUUCUUGAAAUGGAUGCAAAUGAACCUGGAUAACAUGUCUCGUGUAAAACUGUCUGAACUUCAGGAGAAAUACAAAGAAAAAUGCAAGAACUCUGAGAACAAAGAGGAGAUCAAAGAAAUUGACAGACAAAUUUCCAACAGCUCACUGGGGACUGAACACUUCUUCCGUGAAAUGGGUCAGAUCUAUGAAUUAAAUGAGAUGACCCAGGCAGCAGCCAAAAUGGAAAAGAAAGAGGAGAACAAGAGCUUCACUGAUGUGAUGGAGUACAGUCCAGACACUGGGAACUGGUACAUUCCUGGACUCUGGAAUGGAAACCCACCAAUGGCACCAACGCUGGAGAAAGCCAACUCAAUUGACUGUUGCUGCUUCGCAGGUAUUCCCCUGGUUGUUUUCGAUGACGAAUUAGCACUUUCAGUCAGAGAUUGA